AUGGGGCUCCAUGGAAUACAAGCUAUGAGCGAAGACCGUUUACGAGUCCUGCGACUAGCUCAAGAGAAGUCAGACCUCCAGGAUAUGGGCCUGAAGAAAACCAAGGCAGUGGCAUUUCCUAGAGUGCACGAGGACUUUGUUCACGUGUGGCAUCCCCACAAUCAAAAUGUGGGAGCAACAGGUUCUGGUCUGUCUGGUGUUGCUACUGUCUCGAGUACUCUUGGUGUACUUCAAGCUUACAGUCCAAAUUCGACAUCAGCAUCCUCCAGUAAUUUGUCAACUGUCCAUAUGGGUGGACUAACAUGUAUAACUCAGCCGACGACAGAACUGGGGUCUGAGGAUACUGUUAUUGCACAAUUUUUGAGUAAUCCUGCCCAAGUUGGACCAAGCGAGUCUCCUGUCCUAUUUAGUGGAACAGUUGGUGCUGCAUCUACAUUUUCUCCAUUGGCAUCUAAUGACCUUCCUGAAAUAAGUGCUAUGGUGCCCCCUCCAUCAACAUCUGCUGAUCGUCUGGGACCUGUAUUACUUGGUUGUAUACGAGACGUCUUGUGGCACGGCCAUUUCUUAAGGUAUUUCUCGCUACAAUUAAUUGGUGACAACUCUGUUCUGUUCCACUACAGGUAUCUCUUGAUAUUGGACCGCACGAACUGGAAGACCAACAUGCUGACAACUCUCUUGGUUCCUUACAUUUUCUUCACUCUGCCUAAUGUGCUGUUUUCUCUGAUCAGAGGAGAGGUGGGGAAAUGGAUUGCGAUUAUUGCUGUUAUUCUGCGCCUAUUUUUUCCGCGCCACUUCCCAGAUUGGUUAGAGCUUCCCGGUUCCAUCAUCCUGCUCACAGCGGUCGCCCCCAGUCUGUUCGCACACACCUUCAGGGACGACCUCGUCGGUGUCUUCAUAUGCCUUGCGAUCGGAUGCUACUGCUUCAAGAGCACAUCAGGGCGUCAGAUGGACUUAGGAACGCCUUCAGGAAGGGCAAUGGCGUGUCCAACUCCAUUGGCAUCCUCCUGCUCUUCAUCUACCCUGUCUGGACCGGGGUGCUGUGAAUCCUGUAGGCACUGUUGCCUCCGUGUUCCCGUCUGCUGUCGAUCCCAUUUUGGUCAGUUUCGUUUGCCUAUGAUGUGA